UUAUAUUUAUUAUUUUAAAAACGAAAAGGAGCUAUGGCAAAAUCCAUUUUAUUUUAUUUUUUGACAACGAAAAGGAGCUAUGGCAGAACAAAUGAAGGCUCAUUGUGCGUGCAUGUCUGCUAGUUAAACAGCAUAAGAAAUGCAGUGUUCGAGUGUUCCGGCUGCUUUGAAAGCAUUCCCUCUUGCAAGAUUGUUGAUAAUAAGACAAGCUUGUAGCAAAUUAUUCAUUGGAGGUCUUUCUCAUGACACCAACGAACCUGUACUCAAGGAAGCUUUUGAGCAACAUGGCAAAAUCAUUGAAGUUAAGGUUAUAUGUGAUCAUCGGAGUGGGAAAUCAAAAGGGUAUGGGUUUGUGCAGUUCAUGUCUGAAAAGUCAGCUAGCUCAGCUUUAGAAGAAUUGAAUGGUCAGUUAUUAGAUGGUAGAAACAUACGCGUAUUCUAUGCAAACAAAGAUGGAUGACAGAAACUGUGGCAUACAAGGCUUGCUGACUUAAUCAUUGAAUGUGCUAUCUGAGCUCAAAUUUAGAUGAAAAUGGUCAUCCAAGUUCUGGAAAGGGAUCAUCUCUUAUUUUAAGGGACCAUUGUGGCAAAUCGUAAGCUUUUGGUUCAGGACAAAAUCAAGAAAGUUACCAGUGUUUUCAAGAGAACUAACCAGAGUGAAGAUUUAUUUAUUUAUUUAUUUUCUUACCAAGAAAUGUUCGGUUAAUGUGAUACUUCAAGGUAGUCACUGAACUGACUCGAGCAAAAUCAAAAUUUCAAAACAGAAUGUCAUUUAUUACUUGUAUUUCUUUAGGAUAAAUAACCACAA